UUUGAUAGCUUGUGCUAGUCAUACAAAACCCAAAUGGGUUUUGCUCAAAACAGCUAUUCACGGAAAACUCACCCAAGAAAUCUUCCUAGAAACCAUGCCCUUUUCUCGUUUUAUUUUCUUUUCGGCCAAACAACGCUCAAUAGAGGCUUUCAAUCUACUUCGGAGGUCUGGCCUCCCUAAGAGAAUUCAUUCUCGUAGUUAUGCAAAUUCAUCGAAAAGUGCAAACGGGAAGACAGAUAUUAGACCCCCGAUGACUGUAGAAACACCCCCGGCUUCUCGCUCUAGGGCUUCCUAUGUCAUUCCGGCUGCUGGUGUACUCUUCUUUGCUGGGUUGGCAACUUUCAUUCAUUAUAAUGAUGAGAGGAGAGUAACUUUAAAAGGUCAGGGUAACUGCCCAUGCGUAAACAAUGUCAGGGGCCCUAUAAUCGGUGGUCCCUUCACUUUAGUGGACAUGGAGAACCACACUCUCACUGAACGAAAUCUUUUAGGAAACUGGGUUCUUCUCUAUUUUGGAUAUACUUCUUCUCCUGAUGUUGGACCGGAACAACUCCAGAUGAUGGCCAAGGCCACAAACAUAUUAGAAUCAAGACAUAACCGUAAGAUUCUACCAGUAUUUGUUACACUUGAUCCACAACGUGAUACCCCUUCUCAUCUCCGUGCCUACCUUAAAGAGUUUGAAUCAAGGAUUGUAGGGUUAACAGGACCUGUAUCAGCUAUAAGGCAGAUGGCUCAGGAAUACCGUGCUUAUUUUAAGAAGGUUGAAGAAGAGGGCGAUGACUAUCUUGUUGAGUGUUCCCAUAACAUGUAUUUGAUGAAUCCAAACAUGGAAGUUGUGAGAUGCUUUGGUGUAGAGUACAAUGCAGAUGAACUGUCAGAAGCAAUCGUAAAGGAAGUGAAAGGAACCUCAACUGACAAGAGCUAUAAAGUUUUGUGAAGCGUAAUGGAGAUUUUUUCAUUCCACUUCCCCCGCCUGCCUCUCUCUCUCUCUCUCUCUCUCUCUCUCUCUCGCAUACACACGACAGAAUUCAAAUGUCACUCUUGACCAAGCAGUAGUUUAGAACUUUUGUAGAAUG